UCGCUCGUCAUGCUCGUGUUCAGAGAUGAGAAGAGUGAGGAUGACGAGCUAAAGUCGUGGGCGUUCUGGCACAGCCGCCAGCACAGCGCCAAGCAGAGAAUUCUUGACGCCGACACGAAGAACAGCAUCGGGCUUGUAGGAUGCAUAGAGGAGGUGUCUCACAACGCUAUCGCCUUCUACUGGAACCCUCUCGAUGGGCCAGCUAAGAUCAGUGUUGCCGUACAGUGCCUUAGCACAGACUUCAGCAACCAGAAGGGAGUCAAGGUAAGGUCUAACUCCCGUUCCUCGUAG